AUGAGAAGACGGCAUGGACGGCAGAAUUCUAACAUCUUCCAUAUGCUCACUAAGAACCAGAUAGUUGAACUCCGAGAAGCAUUCAACUUCCUGGAUGUAAACAGCGACACAUUUGUUGAUCGGUCAGACCUGGAGAACUUUCUUGCAUCAAUAGGAUCUCCUUUCUCUUGCAAGGAAGUAGAUCAGAUGAUGCAUGAGAGCGGAGACAACAUGACAUACAUGCUUUUCCUUACUAUGAUAGGCGAAAUGCUCAGCUGCACAGACUCUGAAAAAAACAUCUUCAACGCAUUGAAAGAAUUUGAUGAUGUUGGUGAUGGAAAGAUAGAUGAAAAUAUGCUUAGGCAUUGGCUGACUGAGAAAGGAAGCUGCAUGUCAAACGAUGAUGUUAAUUUACUUCUUAAAGGAUGUGUUGAAAAUGGGCGGAUCGACUGCAGAAGCCUUGCAACCAAAAUGAAAUAUGGUGAAAUCAUUACUGAAUAG